AUGCCACCUAGUGGCAACUUGCCUCUUACUGCAAUGAUCAUGGAGAAAGAUAUUUCUCUGCAUGUGUUGUAUCAGAACAAAUUCAGUACCAUCAGCGGGAUAAAGAGUUUCAUGAACACAGUCUGCGCUUGGAUUUUCACCGAUAUCUUUCAACACAUGAUGGGGAUCGCGCCACAAGUGGUCCUCAAUCAGCCUCUUGUCAUCCCCGGUUUCCCUCACCCGUUAUUCGGCAACGUCACCAUAGUGCCUAGAGCCAUGGACCAUGACUUUCCUAUAGGAGGCCUGUGGGGAUGGCAUCCUUGCAACAACGUCACUGAGGACGAAAGGACCCUGUUCCUGACUUUCUCGCGGGGCUUCCUGGUUUCGGAAGACGAAAUAAGGGAAGUCUUCACUAGGAUACGCGGUGUUUGUGUCGAAAACGUGCACAUGCGGGAUAACGUCCACAGCGGUGAACAGGCAUUGUUUGGUAGGAUGGUUCUACGGUCCGUCACGAACGUCGAUCAGGCAUGGAACGGGAGACGCGUAGCGAAGUACCGGGUCAACGGGAAACACAUAUGGGCACGGAAGUAUGAGCGCAGGGAGUAG